AUGCCAAUAUGCAUAGAGUGCUGUUACCCUGUUUCCCACCUUUACACCUCGUACAGCAAGGCCGAUGAUCGUGCGUUGGGCAAGGGAGUCCGUCUAACACAAUGUGCACGAUGUCAACGGUUUGCGGAUAAAUAUGUCGAACACGACUUUGUCGUACUCUUUAUCGACCUAGUUCUGAUUAAGCCGCAGGUCUACAGACAUCUGCUAUUUAACAGACUUGGGCGGGACGACGACAAAUUCGAUCGCUCGAUCAUCCGUCUUGGGAUCCUUAUCCUCCUUUUUGACGUGUAUCUGUCAUGGGCACGCAUCGAGAAGUCUUCCGCGAUCGCCUCAUCGCGGCUCGGAAACACUCCAAUAAUAGUGCAAUAUGUCUUUUUCCUCACGCUGAACGCCCUCGCGACCCUCGCACAUCACGUCACGGUUCGAUUUCUGGCCACGAUUCUUGUCCUGAAACCUGCGACGCAAUCUCAGAGGAUCCAUGAAGCUCCACAGCGUGCGAAUACUCUCCCGUCAUCACCAUCCGACGCUUACGCAACUGGAAAUGGCAUACCAGCGCACUUUGCAAACCCCGGCCCAAUAGGUGGAUCAAGUGCUACUGACCUGGCCCGGUCGUCGUCCGGUAGCGAUACUGUUGCCGACGGGACUCCGAAUGCUGCACCGUUACCUACACUCUCUGUGGAAACUGACUUCCCUCCGCCUCUCAGAAGAUCAUCUACCGCACCUCCACAGAUACGGCCAAUCCCACCUCCGGCACUUGCUAGUCGAAAUGCAAUAAGCACGGCUCUCCUGGUCAGCAGCUGCACUAAGCUGUUCCCAAUACUUCUUGUCAUUUGGGGUACGGAUGCGUCUGGGGAAGCUUCAGGUGCAUUGGAAACCUCAUUCCCGCCUGCUAGCAGCGGUAACGGGGCGUCAGCCUUAAACUCUUCCACUUGGUCGUCGCAAUCUCUCCAAUCUGUUGUCCAGAGUGCGCUCUUGACGCUAGCCCAGCCGUGGUCAUCACUUCUUUUGUCUGUGACGAAUACCCACCUGGUACUGUUAAAUAACACCGAGGCACUGCUUAUUCUCUUGGACUGUGGCUAUACAUAUGCCAUCAUGAUGACCCUUGGGGGCCAGUUAGCUAGAUGGGCUGUAGAAAGGUGUUUCUUAAGCCUUGUUGGGUUGUAA